AUGACAAAUAAUUUGAUUGGUUUGACUGAAAGCUUCAAAAUUAAAAAAUAUGAUUUUACUGAAUUUUCUAACUUAGAGAAAGUCGGUAGUGGUGAAUUCGGGACUGUAUAUAAAGCAGUGUGGGGAGAUUUAACUAUCGCUCUUAAAAACAUUAAUAGAAGUGUUAAUAAUAGAAAUGGUAAUACCAAUAACAUUAAAAUUGAUGGUUUUACUAAGGAGCUUCAUACUUUUGAAAAACUUGAUCUUUAUAUGAUUAAAGGUAACAAAAAAGAAGGGAAAUGGGGAUGCUGCCGAUGUGAUUAUGAAAAUCCGAUCAAAACUAUUUACAAUGAAUUUCAAGAAUUUAAAGUACAAAAAUUUGACAUAGAGGAUUACGAA